AUGCCGGCGGCGCGGGGGGCUGCGCGGCGCUGCGCCCUGGCGGGGCCGCUGCUGCCGGCGCGGAGCUGCGGCGAGGUGCGGCAGGCGUACAGCGCCAAGGGCUUCAGCCUGGCCAGCGUGCCCUACCAGGAGAUCGCAGGGGAACAUUUGAGAAUCUGCCCUCAGGAAUAUACAUGCUGCACCUCGGAAAUGGAGGACAAGUUAAGCCAGCAGAGCAAACUGGAGUUUGAAAACUUGGUGGAAGAGACAAGUCACUUUGUACGCACGACUUUUGUAUCCCGGCACAAGAAGUUUGAUGAGUUUUUCCGAGAACUUCUGGAGAAUGCGGAACGCUCCUUAAAUGACAUGUUUGUCCGGACGUACGGCAUGCUGUACAUGCAGAACUCGGAGGUGUUCCAGGACCUCUUCACGGAGCUGAAGCGUUAUUACACAGGAGGCAACGUGAACUUGGAGGAAAUGCUGAACGACUUCUGGGCCCGGCUGCUGGAGAGGAUGUUCCAGCUUAUAAACCCCCAGUACCAUUUCAGCGAGGACUACCUGGAGUGUGUGAGCAAGUACACGGACCAGCUGAAGCCGUUUGGAGACGUGCCCAGGAAGCUGAAGGUUCAAGUGACUAGAGCGUUCAUUGCUGCACGCACCUUUGUUCAGGGGCUGACAGUGGGCAGAGAGGUUGCGAACAGAGUAUCCAAGGUCAGUCCCACCCCAGGGUGCAUCCGGGCGUUAAUGAAGAUGUUGUACUGCCCUUACUGCAGAGGACUUCCCACUGUGAAACCUUGCAACAACUAUUGCCUCAAUGUAAUGAAGGGCUGCCUAGCAAAUCAGGCUGAUUUGGAUACUGAGUGGAAUCUGUUCAUAGAUGCUAUGCUUCUGGUAGCGGAGAGAUUAGAGGGACCAUUCAACAUUGAAUCAGUCAUGGAUCCUAUUGAUGUCAAGAUUUCUGAAGCCAUCAUGAACAUGCAAGAAAACAGCAUGCAGGUGUCAGCAAAGGUUUUCCAAGGAUGUGGCCAACCAAAACCAGCACCUGCCCUGAGAUCUUCCCGCUCUGUCCCUGAAGACUUCAAUACCCGGUUUAGACCAUAUAACCCAGAGGAGCGACCUACAACUGCUGCUGGCACAAGUUUGGAUAGGCUGAGGACUAUCUGGAGGACAAUGCAACAUGGUGUAACAGACAUUAAAGAAAAGCUAAAGCUCUCUAAAAAGUUCUGGUCAACAUUGCCCUACACAAUCUGCAAGGACGAGCGAGUGACAGCCGGUCCGUCAGUCGAGGAGGACUGCUGGAACGGCCACACCAAGGCGAGAUACUUGCCUGAGGUUAUGCAUGAUGGCUUGACUAACCAGAUCAACAAUCCAGAAGUAGAUGUGGACAUCACAAGGCCAGACACCUUCAUUCGACAACAAAUCAUGGCCUUACGUGUCAUGACUAACAAACUGAAGAAUGCGUACAAUGGGAAUGAUGUCAACUUCCAGGAUACGAGUGAUGAAACCAGUGGCUCAGGCAGUGGGAGUGGCUGCACAGAUGACAUCUGUCCCACCGAGUUUGAUUUCGUCACCACCGAAGCACCGCCGGUCGACUCGGACAGGAGGGAGGUGGAGGCUUCAGCCACACAGCCUGGCUGGACACUGCACACAUUGCUCCUCAUCUGCCUCAGUCUCGUACUGCAGAGACAGUGGAGAUAAUCCUGGAUCUAGUCAGAGAAACUGUGUUUUAGCUACAGAAACAGCCAACUUUCUUCUUUUCUUAUACUCUUGGACUCUUGGACAAUGGACCAUGCCACAAACACUUGCAGUUUUCUACAAGACAGCAGUAUUGCAACCUGCUUCCCAUUUUAGUUUUCCCAAAGAGUACCAGGUGCCAGACUGAACUAUUUCCUGCUUUUUUCAGAUAUCUCUGAAGAUAAUAUCCACUCUUGAGAGAAUUCUUUCUCAAUCCUUUAUUACAGGAGACUUUCUGAGCUUCAUUUCCUUUUAUGCUGCAAAAGGGAAAAAGAAUCUUACAGUAUGUGUUUUUCCCCAGUGAGAAAAUAGACAGGGGAAGAAAACAAGAAAGUUUUCUUUCUGAAUCAAGCCUGACUCAAGGCUGCUUCAUUUCAACAGAAUAUCAACAAAACAAAGAAAAGAAAAAAGACAAGAAAGGAACAAAAAAAAAAAUGCAACCGUUCUUCACUGACAGCCAGGUUUCCUUUAGGAACUUUUGUAGGAUGAUUCAGGUCAUCAGAAUGAUCACUGUUAUAGGGAGGAAGGCUGGAUUUAUUUUUUUCCCCCAACACUAAAAAUGUAUGUCUCAGCAGCGAAUGUCUUGCACUCCAUCUGCCAACCACAACAGAUUGGUAUGAAGAUAGAGAAGCUGAAAAAUAAAUUUAUCUUUUAGUAUGGUAGUAGCUCCACU